AAACAUUAAACAUAAAUCAGGUUAACUGAAUUUUGAUGAUUACAUUCAGGAUGAAGGCUUGGUUUGUUGUGAUGUGUUGGUUGUGUGUUACAGCUGUGUUUGGGUGUUCUGAAAAGCAAGCUUUUGUAUGCUCACCUCCGUUUGAAAUUUACGAGGGCAACUGUUACAACAUCAGUACAGACAAGGUGUCAGGAGACGAGGCAUUUGCCCGAUGUAGACGUAUGGGGGCAUACCUCGCCAAUUUUGAGACACUUGAGGAAGCAAUGUUGAUGAAGCAAAAAUUGAAUGGAAUGAAAUCAGGUCUCCAUUUUUACGUCGGUGGGAGAAACAUAAAUAGACGAAAACCAGGAGGGGACUGGAGAUGGAUCAGAAAUGGAGAAAUGAAGGAAAUGACGUAUUUCGCUUUUGGUUCCUCUCAGCCCGAUGGGUCAGAUUCAGCCCCUCAAGACUGCAUGUUCUUUUAUGCAGCCGAACGAUACAUUUUUCAUGACGUCUUUUGUGACCAUGAUUCAUAUAUCGGCGGUUAUAUCUGCGAAAAGUAAAAGAGAAAUAAAAUAUCAAAAUUAG